UGUCACACAGAAUAUCGGUCAAUUAGAGUUGUCCAAUUUUUUGACAAGCAUUUCCAUCAAAAAAAUAGUGUCAAUUUUCCAACUGAAACAUUAGUGUCAGGUAAAUGAAAAAAAAAAAAAAAAUAUCCUAUUGACGCUAGCGCGAUCCGGUGGAGAUGUCACUUGAACGUUUGCCAUGGAGAUUCCGGCGGGGGCCGUUGAUCUUGAGCUGUCACACGCGGGCCAUACACCCACGCUUGAAUGGCAGCCGUUUCGUGCGGAUCAAUGGACGGUAUUGCCAGAGUACCAAACAUAUGUUACCUUGAUCGACCGACUGCAAAAGCGACGACGCAUGCGAGCCAUGGGCCGAUGCAUCCGUUCUAACAUUCUGCGCGUACAGAUCUUUCUCUAUAUUAUUGAUGAAUCCGGUUAUGUGCCUCCCAUGGGGUCGUACGGUCGGGUCUUUCUCGAAUUUAUGCAACGCUUGAAUCGCGAUCCACACCACUUUGACGGAAUCUUGACAGAUCAACAUAGCCAUCAGAGCGUCUUCCCUACUGAAUCCAAGAAAACACUGUUGGACAUGUUUAUUGAGAUCCCCUCUCCGUGUGAAAAGCCGUUACCAGACUGUGAUGAGCCGAACCUUUUGCAUUUUCUUCAUGAUUGUACGGUCAAGGAUUGUCCUGACGGCAUGAAAACAUCCUUGUACAGAUACCAAAAAAACGCUGUUUGGAAAAUAUUGCAGCGAGAGCUGGCGCCUCAAAAGGUGGUUGAUGCAGCCAACAUCCCCAUGGUUUCCGUCGACAAUACACCGUAUUACUUCGAUCAGCUAUUAUUCACUCUCACUGCGCAUCCUCCAUUGGAACGCGAUAUCCAGGGUGGGAUCAUUUGUGAAGACAUGGGGACUGGCAAGACAUGUAUAUGCUUAGCUGUGAUCAUGGCUACCAAGGAUUUAUCUCAUUCAUUGCAACGAGAUCACAUUAUGAAGACGGAUAUUCCCAAAACAUCGCUACGCAACAUUGCCGCCGAUCAGAUACUGCGCCACGGCGUAUCCUGGCGAGGGUAUGGAAAUCCACUGCCGUUUGAUGCUAUUGAUUUGAUGAAACAACAUCCUGCCUAUUAUGAAUGGACCGAUGUUCCUUACUCGUUCUACGAUCGUCCACGUCGUCGAGAAAUUGAAAUACCCGUCAUGCGUGUUUACGGUUCGCACGCUACGCUCGUUGUCGUACCCGAUAAUUUGGUGGCGCAAUGGACAGGCGAAGUUUACAAGCAUAUUCAAGAUACCCAGAUGGAUUUUCUUAUAUUGGACGAUCCCAAAAAGAAGGUCCCCGAAGCCACCUCUCUGAUCGGUUACGACAUGGUUUUGAUAAGCCAAACUCGAUUUUCACGUGAACACGCUGCCGGAGGGUUUGAUUUUGAAGGCAUUCCGCGGAUAUGUCAAUGCCCUUAUAUUGGUGCGACCCGUAUCCGUGAUUGCCAUUGUCCGCCGCUGACGGCAGAACAAGCCUACAUUUCGCCAUUGUUACAGGUGCAUUGGAAGCGAAUGAUUGUUGAUGAGGGCCAUCGAUUGUCUACCAAAAAUAAGCAAUCCGAAUUGUCAGCGAAACUGUUCUCAACGUGGAAAUGGAUAUGUACUGGUACUCCGACCCAGAACCUCACCGAAUCGGCCGCGGUCUACAAUCGAAGACAAGAAGGCCAAGUGGAUGAUUUAAAUCGACUGGGGUUAUUGCUUGGUCCGGUUCUGCAGAUGGAGCCAUUUUAUUCAGAUCGAAAGUUGUGGAAUAUUAUGGUCACAAAGCCUUUCAUGUCUGGCAAACCGUGGGCCGCCAGCAAGAUGCAAAAUGUCAUGAGUCGAUGCAUGAUCCGCAACCGCCGACAAGAUAUCGAAGCUGAAGUCAAGCUGCCGCCGUUGCAUCAGAGAAAAGUCUUUCUCGAUUUUGAUUAUUAUCAAUGGCUGGCUCACAAUUGUCAGAUUGCGAUGAUUGGACUGAAUGCGAUUUUAUCCAAACGUGAAGGUCCGGAUUAUCUGUUUUCGAAAAACAAUACCAAAGCGUUGCGUGAAACGGUGCAUAAUUUGUGGCAGAGCUGCUUGUGGCAUUCCAUUGAUCUCCGAUGGUUGCAGGCUUCGUACGAGAAUUGUAUCGAAAAAAUCCAUGAUGUCGAUUGCGGACGUGAAGAUUAUGGCGAUGAUGAUACCGUGCUUCGACAAAUUCAACAGGUCCUGAAGCGGGCUUUAGACGAUAAAAUGUUUAUGCAGAUGAUGACCCAACAUUCGCCUUCCUUUGUGGUUCAGGGGCUUCCGAACCUGAUGAAACAAAAGUGGGGAUGGGUACACGGGGACCAUGGCGCUUACGAACCUCUGGGAACCAUGCCUUGGGAGGAUCACUGUAUCGUGAACGGCGACAUUGUCAUUGAUCUCAUGCACGACGUGUUGGAAGCCAAGGACGAGUUCAAAAACCUGUAUGUGUACAAUGGCACGACCGAUACACUGGAAAGCACCCAGACGUUCUACAAAAAGGAGAAAAAGGCCGCCGCUGAACAAAAUAAAAAGCCGCUAUCUCUGGAUCUGUCCGAACCCAAGGGAGCCAAGGAAACCGAGGAACCGGUUGAACAGCAGCUGACGUUCUACACGGGCAAUGCCUUUUCGGACGCGCGUGUACUCUGCAGCACCAGUAGCAAGAUCAACUAUUUGGUGAAUGAAAUAUGCAAAUACCAAGCUCAAGAGAAAUGCAUCGUCUUUUCGCAACACUACAAUGAAAUUCAGGAAAUAUAUCUCGCCCUGAAACUGGCCAAAAUUCGCACUCUCAUGUAUCUCGACAGUCGUAUGUCCAAUGCUGCGCGAUCGCAGGCUAUUUUGACGUUUAAUACGUCUGAGAAUGCUAAUGUCAUUAUUAUGGCCGUUCAGCGGGCCGCUUUUGGUAUUGAUCUAUCGUCGGCUACGCGCGUGUAUUUUGUGAGUCCAGUAUGGCAGCUGGCAAUGGAACAACAGGCGAUCAAACGUGCCCAUCGUAUCGGUCAAACGAAACCUGUGUAUAUCGAGACCCUGAUUAUUCGAGAUACCAUCGAAGAUGAGCUGCUCAAGCGGCGCGAGGUUGUAUCACAGACACAGCAAGAGGAAUCCAGUGACUAUGCAAAGACCACUGAAUUUUACAGUGACACCAAACUACGGGGAAUCCUGAACCACGCUAGAUUUGUUCCCUUGCCUAACCACAUCACGUAUUCACCAACCGAUCAAGCGUUUCAUCAAAAGAUCACUUUGCUGAAAGCACCCCUCUACUUUAUGCCUUCCAGAAAACAGGAUCAGGAAAUUGGCAAAGUGCCUGCGACCGAAACCCCACCGGUACUGGACCACGAGACGCUGGACGUUGAACUUGUGGAAGAAGACGCCAAACAAGAGAAACCAAAAAAGAAGAGGAAGGUCACUUUUGCUAUUUAAGAUAGCAGCAAUUUUUCCAUAAAAUUACUUAUUAAUAUACCCAAG